UGCACUGUGUCCCUCAGACACAGCGGAUCAACGGAAAGAGCCGAAGAUGUCGGCUCGGUCAUGUGAUCAGCGGUGUCCGAUCACAGCUUAUCGCAUGUAAAUAGGGAAAUGCCGGUUAUCAGCAUUUCUCUCCUCACAAGCUGUCACGCUGACAGCUCGAGAGGAGAGCUGGGCCGCUGUCAGUGCCUACUAGUGCACAUCAAUGCCACAUAUCAGUGCCCAUCUGAGCAGCCUUUCAGUGCCAGUCAGUGCUGCCUGUCAAUGCCCAUCAGUGCCACCUACCAGUGCCUCCUCAUCAGUGCAGCCUAACAGUGCCCAUCACUGCAGCCUCAUUAGCGCACAUCAGUGAAG